GUUGUGUGCCUCCGGGUGUUGAUGUGGAACGGCUCCGUGUCUCUGGUUCCUCACAGCCUGGUUUCACCCAUUUCAGCCCUUCAGCACGACAGAAUAGUCAGAGAGCUCCAGAUCCUGAAAACUCAAGCUCCAGAUCGGUGCUGCAGCUGGCUUUGUGCCCGCAGCUCCUCCUGCACUCCCCGGCUCUUCUGCAGCUCCAGGCGUCCGUCUGCAUCCUGCUGUGGUGAGAACACGUUUCAGCACAGGUGUAGGUCCAGCUUUGGAAGAACGGAUGGAUUUGAGAGGGCGGAGCGGGAUAAAAAAGUGGAACAAAGCGAUCCAGAUGCAACGAGGAAUGACCCUGAGGUGCCCUCGCCCUCUUCGUCUCUGUCUGAGGAUGAGAGCAGAGCGGUGAAGCUGAGGAGCGAACAGCAGCGUCCUCCCUGGAGGUACUGGAGAAGAACUGGACCAGAACCACAGCACAGACAGCCAGGGAGCGCAGCAGUGCCAAAGAAGACAUCACAACCUCUGAGGUUCAGCUUCCCUGUCCCUCAGAUAAGCGCCUCGCCCAAUCACAGCUCUCUGUUUCUGUCACUUCCUGGUGCUAAAGGAAGAAGAGCGAACGUCAGAGAUGUUUUUGGAACGACCAACUUCAAACCUCGACCACCGGCUGGACUGCGGCCGUUUUCUGCCAACAAUGCUCCGGCUGUUUACACCUGAUUCAUCACGUGUAAAACAAAUAAAAACAUUAUCAUUUAACCGUAGAGUUGGAAAACACAAACAAGACUUUAAUAAAAAAUACUUUAUUCAUACACUGAUGUGGCUUUAGUGCAGGAAAUAAAAAUGUUAAGUGCAUUAUUAUAUGAUACAAUCUACAUGAUAAACACUCCGGUAUAAUGUAAUAAAAAUAUGGCUUCUAUAUCAAGCAAUUAAAAAACUUUGAUAGCAAA